AUGGAUGUUGCUACAGUUCCCUCGCCAGAGCUAACUCCUUGGGGGAUUUGCUCUGACUCUGAGGUAAUUGCCAUAUUUGUCUUGCGCCGCAGUACUCGUCUCCUAGUCCGACAAGGAACUAAAUUGGGCACCGCUAAUGAGGAUCUAUGGCAUCAUCUUCCUUGCCCAUGUUUAGCAAGUUAUGCUGGAAUAAAUGCGCCUAGGCCGUCGAGACCUUUAGAAGUGAAAUGCGUGUUGCGCAAUGACGUUCUGUUGAUCUUGGGACUCCUGAGGCGUUGCGCAAACCAGUGCGCACCACUUAGACGUCCUAAACCAAUUAUUUGCUCGUUUGCUGGUGUGUCGAUUCGUCCUGCCCUGCUGUCCUUCCCUGGUGGAGCACUGUAA